CGCCUCGGCGCCCCGCAGGCGGGGAACUGCCGUUGGACAUGAGGCUGGCGGGGCCGCGGCUCCUCGUCGACGACGGCACGAGCGCCGCGCUGCUGGGCGGCGCCGCCAGUGGCGGGGAGCCAUCGGGCACCGACAACCCGGCGCUGAAGCUGUUCCUGUGCGGCGUGUGCAACGCCUUCAGCACCGACGGCCUCGAGGCGCUGGCAGCACACGCCUCGGCCGAGCGCCGCCUGCCCGAGGAGGAGUGGAAGGGCACCGCCGGCGACGGCGCCCACGCCUGCCGCCUGUGCCAGUACAGCACGCCGCUGCGCGCCAAACUUCCAGCUGCACUUGCAAGACCGACAAGCACGUGGCCAAGUACCAGCUGGUGGCGCACCUCCGCCGAGGCGGCCACGCAAACCAGUGGCGGCUCAAGUGCGCGGCGCUCGGCAGCCCCGUGCAGCUCAAGUGCAAUGCCUGUGACUACUACCCAACAGCCUGGAGAAAGCUGGGGCUGCACGUGACGGGCCAGCGGCACGAGGCCAGCCUGCGCCUCUACAAGCACCUGCAGAAGCAGGAGGCCUCGUCGUCGGUGGAGGGCUGCCUGUUCGUUUGCACGCUUUGCGACUUCUCCACGCACGCCAAGCUCGCUCUGCUGCAGCACGCGCGCUCGCUGCGCCACCAGCAGAGCGAGGGCCUGCGCCGACUGCAGCAACUCCACCGAGGCUUGGCGCAGGAGGCCGCGGGGGCCGGCGGGGUUGCGGCCACCGGGCCGGGGGUGGUGGGCGGGGAGGACGAGCUGGCGCAGAUCUUCUGCGUGCGCGAGGCGCCACAGCCGCAGAGCGGCGAGCUGGGCGAGGAGGCGGAGGGUGGCGCCGAGUUGGCCGGAAAUGACAAGUUCCUCGGCGUGGAUGGCAGCCUGGAGGAGCAGAAGGCUGGAGACAAGGACCUGGCCACAGGCUUUGCCGGGAAGGAGCAGCCGGGGAAAUCUCCCGUCGGGAAGCGCCCGUCUCUGCCGGAUGGCGCAGAGGACCCGGGUCCUGCAAAGAGGCCCAAGCCCCUGGAGGACAAAACCCCGGCUCAUGAGCAGGUAUACCAGUGUCCCUACUGCACCUACUGCUGCGCCGACGGGAGCCGCAUCCAGAUGCACGUGGUGUCGCAGCACUCGGUGCAGCCGGCGCUGCGCUGUCCACUCUGCCAGGACGUGCUGAGCAGCAAGAUCCACCUGCAGCUGCACCUCACGCACCUGCACAGCGUCGCCGCCGACUGCGUCGACAAGCUCAUGGCCGUGGUCUCGGGGCCGGAGGUGAUGGUGCCGAGCAGCACGUACCUUUCCGCGGCCGGAAACGCGGGUGACGGCGUCGACGACGGCAGCGACCGCGGCAGCCACGGCCACCACCACGGCCGCUGCUUCCUUGGGAUCGGCGGCGGCGGUGCCGGUAUCCGAGAGGGACGGCAGGAUGCCGGGGUCCGCGAUGCUCUCGAGAACCGGGCCAAGAUGGAAGAAAACUCGGACGACCCAGAGAAGCCCGGCACUUCUCAGGAGCGGCCGGAAGCCGGCGGGGUGCCGCAGAGCUCGCAGAAGGGCUUCCUCUGCUGGAAGAAGGGCUGCAACCAGUACUUCCGCAAACCCAGUGCGCUGCAAGCCCACUUUUCCGAGAUCCACGCCAAGCAGCGGCAGCAGCUGCCCGUGUCCGACCGCCACGUGUACAAGUACCGCUGUGGCCAGUGCAGCCUGGCGUUCAAGACGCCGGAGAGACUGCAGCUGCACUCGCAGUACCACGCAAUCCGCGCCGCCACCGUCUGCGCCCUCUGCCAGCGCAGCUUCCGCACCAUCGCGGCGCUCGGCAAGCACCUGGAGACGGGCCACCCCGAGCUGAGCGAGGCCGAGAUCCGGCAGCUGUGCGGCGGUCUGCAGGGCAACGGGGAGCUGCUAGCGCUGGAGGAGGGCCUGGGCAACGAAGACGAGGUGGCGCUGCUGGCGGAGCAUGACAGGGGGGACGAGUUUGAGAGCGACGCCGAGAGCAAGCAGAGCCCAACGGAGAACGAGCUGGGGGGCGGCCCGGACGACCCAUCGUCGGACUUGAAGCGCACGCUGCCCUUUCGCAAGGGCGCAAACUUUCCGAUGGAGAAGUUCCUGGAUCCCUCGCGGCCGUACAAGUGCACCGUCUGCAAGGAGUCGUUCACGCAAAAGAACAUCCUGCUCGUCCAUUACAACUCGGUGUCGCACCUCAACAGGCUGAAGAAGGCCCUGCAGGAGACAUCGAUCGCCAGCGCACAGGCCGACUCGGCCCCGAGCGGCAUCGACAACAAGCCGUACCGCUGCAGCACCUGCAACGUGGCCUACAGCCAGAGCUCCACGCUCGAAAUUCACAUGCGCUCCGUGCUGCACCAGACCAAGACGCGCGCCGCCCUGCAAGAGUCGUCGGUCGCAAACAGCGCGAUCGGCGCCAACACCCCCGCCCCCUCCGGCGGCACCGCCGGCAGCGGCAGCAACGGGAGCGGGAAGAAAUUCAACAGCGGCGGCGGAGGCGGUGGCAACAAGAGCGCCGGCAGCCCGUCGGCUGUGGAGAGUGGCGGCAGCGGUGGCAAGGUCCCGGGCCGGGCGUCCACGAGCAAAACCCCCGAGCUCACGUCAGAACAGAAGCAGCAGCAGCAGCAGAAGAAGAAGGCGCUGAGCGACGCGAUUUCGAACCAGCAGGCGCUGGUUCAGGCGCAGACGGAAGCGCUGGCUCAGGCACACGCACAGGCGCAGUUCCAACAGGAGCUGCAGCAGGCGGCGUUCUUGCAGCCGCAGCUCUUCAACCAGGCGCUCUUCCCAAAUUUCCCCAUCACCGCCGAGGCGUUCAUGCAGCUGCAGCAGCAGCAAUUCUUCUUCCCCUUCGGCCUGGCCGGCACCGAUUUCCAGCUGCACCCAGAGAUGGCAUUCCCCGCGUCAAGCGCUCUGGCAAUGUCCAGCUCGGCGGCUUCGACACUCGGCGAGCUGAAGCAGCAGCAGCAACAGCAGCAGCAGCAACAACAGCAGCAGCAGCAACAGCAGCAGCAGCUGCAGCAGCAACUUCAAAAGCAGCAACACAGGCUGGAGCAGCAGCUGCAGGUGUCCAUCCAAGCAGCUGAGAAGCAGAAAGAAAAUGAGGACUCAAAGAGUGGGGAGGCAGACGAGGAGGAGGAGGAGGCAGCGGAUAACGACUCACCGAUGGCGGACACGCAAACGAGCGGCGACAAUUCGGACGCUCAGAAGUCGGGACCGUCGGACCCGUCGCUGCUGCCGCCACGAAUCCCGGCCUACGCCAGGGGCAAUGCCACGAGGGCGCUGCUGGAGAACUUCGGCUUCGAGCUGGUGAUCCAGUAUAACGAGAACCGGCAGAAGCCUCUCCGGAAGGACAAGAGUGUGAUCUGCGAAACACUGGGGAAGUUAGAAUGUGAAACGUGCGGCAAGCUCUUCUCGAAUCUGCUGAUCCUGAAGAGCCACCAAGAGCACGUGCACCAGCAGUUCCUACCUUUCGAGGAGCUCGAGAAAUACUCGAAGCAGUACCGAGAGACCUACGACAAGAUUUACCCGAUACGCGCCCCAACGCCCGAGCUACCGGCUCUGCCCCCGCCUCCUCCUCCCCCUCCUCCUCCCCCGCCUCCUCCGCCGCCUCCUCCGCAGCCGGUCCAAAAGCUCGCCACCCCGCCCGGCACGCCGCAGCCGCAGCCGCUGGCCCAGCAGCAGGCGCCCGUGCCGCAGCUGCCCAUGUCCAUGGAGUCGAUGCCCCUCCUCUCGCCGCUGAUGAUGCAGCCGAUGCAGCUGCACUCGAUGGCGUCGCAGCUCGCGUCGCAGCUCAUGCCCAUGGACUCUCUCACCCCGGACCUGAUCCAGCUGUACCAGCAACACCAGCAGCAGCAGCAGCAGCAGCUUGACCCGGCGUUCCUGCUGCAGCAGCAGCAGAACAAGCGGCCACGCACGCGCAUCACGGAGGAGCAGUUGAACAUUCUCCGAGCGUACUUUGACAUCAACAACUCGCCGGGCGACGAGCAGAUCCAGGAGAUGGCCGACAAGUCCGGCUUGCCGCAGAAGGUCAUAAAGCACUGGUUCCGCAACACGCUGUUCAAGGAGCGCCAGAGGAACAAGGACUCGCCGUACAACUUCAACAACCCGCCGUCGUCGAGCCACGACGAGAUCAAGCUCGAUUCGCAGCCCCCGACACCCGAGUCGGUGCAGUCCGAGCCGUCGUCCAUGAGCAAGCGGUCGAGCCGCACGAGGUUCACCGACUACCAGCUGAAGGUGCUGCAGGACUUCUUCGACACGAACGCCUACCCGAAGGACGAUGAGCUGGAGCAGCUGUCGAACCUGCUCAACCUGCCGACGCGCGUCAUCGUCGUGUGGUUCCAGAACGCCCGGCAGAAGGCGCGAAAGAGCUACGAGAGUCAGGUGGAAGGCAAGGAGGGGGGGGAGAAGAGGGAACUGCCAACCAACGAGCGCUACAUUCGGACAAGCAACCUCAACUACCAGUGCAAGAAGUGCAGCGUCGUCUUCCAACGCAUAUUCGAUCUGAUCAACCACCAAAAGAAGCACUGCUACCGGGACGAGGAAGACAGCUUCACCCGCGAGGACAGCCAAACGGAGGACUCCAUGGACGCCACUGAUCAGAUCAUGUCCAACGACCUGCCACCGUCUCUGUCGGCUCACGUGCAGGCCACCGGCCUCUGUAACUCGGAGAGAGAAGAAAGCAAGAAAACUAUUCCCAAAGUCGAGCCUAGGGAGGAAAAACCAAAGCAAGCUGAAGCUGCUGCUGUGCCGCAGGAAAGCACUGCGCAGCCACAGCAGCAGCAACAGCAGCAGCAGCAAAAACCAAAACACGCACAACCUCAGCCGCAACCUAGUCCCCAGAUGACUCCGCAGGUACCUCAAAGUCCGGUCCAGAGCAUGGCGACUCCUCAGCUGAACAAUCUGCCCGCCCAGCUUCUCCAUUACCAGUGCGACCAGUGCAAGGUCGCGUUCCCUUCCUUCAACCUGUGGCAGGAGCACCAACGCAUGCACUUUUUGUCGGCGCAGAACCCGUUCGUCCACCCGGCCGCGUUCCUCGACCGCUCCAUGGAGAUUCCCUUCCUGCUCUUCGACCCCGGCUCCAGCGCGCUCAUGUCAAGCCCCAUGCUUUCGGGGGCCCUGCCGCAGAUCCCCUCGCAGUCGACGCCGUCCCCGUCCACCCCCACGUCCGCCACGGGGCCACCCAAGCCCGAGGAGAAGGCGGGCGCCAGCAAGAGCGACACGGACGGCGGAGAGGAGCCGCACCGGGACAAGAGGCUGCGCACGACCAUCACGCCGGAGCAGCUGGAGAUCCUCUAUCGCAAGUACAUGCUCGACUCGAACCCCACGCGCAAGAUGCUGGACCACAUCUCCAACGAGGUGGGCCUCAAGAAGCGCGUGGUGCAGGUGUGGUUCCAGAACACGCGCGCACGCGAGCGGAAGGGCCAGUUCCGCUCACUCGGCCCGGUGCAGGUGCACAGGCGCUGCCCGUUCUGCCGUGCCCUCUUCAAGGCGCAGACUGCCCUGGAAGCCCACAUCCGGUCCCGCCACUGGCACGAGGCCAGGCAGGCGGGCUACAGUAUUGUGCCGACAUCGCCCGGCGCCGGAGAGAAUCCGCACAAGGAUAACCCCUUCGAUCACGGCGACUUCUCCUUGUCGCUGUCCCACUUCAAUAGCUCCUUCGACCACGAGCAUCAGUCGAGUCUGAUGUCGCUGAUGAGUAAGUCGAUGGAGGUGCCCAGCCACGCUCUCCUGAGCCAAAUGUCCAACAAGAGCGAGGCCUUCGACGUGGACAAUUCCUCGCUCGCCAACGAAACGUCGGCGGGCGCGGCCGAGCCUCCCGGCGGUGGUGGCGGCGGCGGCAGCGCCGACGACGAAACUCCCGCCGGAACCUCGGCGAACGUGGGCUACGAGCAGAGCAAACUGGACAACGACGACGCCUCCUCGGUGAACACCGCCAUCACCGACCACACAACCGGCGACGAGGCGCACGGCGACAACGACGUCUCCGGCGGCACCGCCGCCACGCGCGCGGACGCGAAGGCGCGAGGCGUGCGCGUGAAGAGCGAAGACUCGUUCCUGCCGCCGCUCCCGGCGGCCGAGAGCAGCGACGGAAGGUCCUCGGAUGGGCUGGCGAGCCCCGGCUUGAGCGUGUCAACGCCGCGCGAUCACGACCGUGCCGACUACAACGAAACGUCGAGCUACACCGGCACUCGCACGCCCAGCCCCACGGGCAGCAUCGGCAUCUCGCUCCCGAAACUCGGGUCUCCGGAUGAGCGGCCCGGCCAGAAGAGGUUUCGAACCCAAAUGUCCAAUCUACAGCUAAAGGUACUAAAAGCUUGUUUUAAUGACUACCGUACACCCACAAUGCAGGAGUGUGAAAUCCUAGGCAGUGAGAUUGGGCUGCCCAAACGCGUGGUGCAAGUGUGGUUUCAGAACGCACGUGCUAAGGAGAAGAAGUCUAAGCUAAGCAUGGCCAAGCAAUUUGGGAUGGACCCGCAGACAGGGUUGGAGCUGGGUCCGAAGACGGAGUGUGGCCUAUGUGGCGUGCAGUUUGGCGCGCGGCUGUCCAUCCGUGACCACGUCUUCUCCCCGCAGCACAUCGCCAAAGUGAGGGAGAGCGUGGGCAGCCAGCUGGACCGGGAAAAGGAGUUCCUCGACCCGGCCACGGUCCGGCAGCUCAUGGCUCAGCAGGAGCUUGACCGCAUCAAAAAGGCGAACGAGGCAAUGGGCCUUUCGGUGCCGCAGCAGCUGCAGCAGCAACAGCUGCAGCUGCAGCAACAGCUGCAGCAGCAGCAGGGCUCCUUCAAUGGCCCAGGGCUGAGUGUGUCGUCGGCUUACUCCGCGAUCCCGGGGCUGUCCCCCAUGCUGAUGUCCGGCGUUGGAGGGUCUCCUUCGUUGCAGAACUUCACUUCGACCUCCACCGCCAUGGCUACAUCCACCGCAAGCCUCAUGGGGCUGCCGAUGUCCUCCAUCCCUUCGCCGGGCCUCUCCCUCUCCGGCGCGGUCAAACCUCAGCAGCCGCGAAUGUCCACGCCACCAAAGUCCGCCUCGGCACACCAACCCGAGCAGCACGGCAGUGUGAAGAAGGAGAAGGAGGCGGAGAAAGAGAAGCUGAAGCUGUUGGCGGCGGCGGCGGCGGUGAAAAAGGAGAAAGCGGAAACCGCCUCGGCCACGGCGGCCCAGGAGGCGAUGGAAGGCGCCAUGGAACACUCCCAGCUGCAGGCCCUGCAGGCCGCGUUGGCCGGCGACCAGGCCACAGCGGCGGCGCUGCUGGCCGGGCAGCUCUUCCCCUGCUUCCUGCCGGGCUUCCCUCCUUACUUCAACACCGCCCCGCACCACCAGAUCCCUCCGGCGGCGGCUGCGGCGGCCGCGGCGGCAGCGGCGCUGCAGGGUGGCUACCUGCAGCCUCUGUACGGCAUGGAGGCCAGCCUGUUCCCCUACGGGCCCGCCUUCGCCCAGGCCGCCCUGGCCGGCGGUCUGGCGCCAGGCUCGCUACUGCACCAGCAAGUGCAGCAGUACCAGCAGAGUAUGCAGGAGGCUCUGCAACAGCAACAGCAGCAGCAGCUACAGCAGCACCAACAACAACAGCAGCAGCAACAGCAGCAGCAGCAGCAACAACAGCAGCAGCAGCAACAACAGCAGCAGCAACAACAAAGGAUGAGUCACGCGCAUUCAGCAAACGGCUCCUCCAUGGAGCACCAGCCACGCAUUGAGCUUGCUAGCGGACAACCCCCAGCCCAGCAGAAGGCCGAAGAUGCUGCCUUUAAAGUGGAAGAGAAGAGCAGAGCAUUGAGCAAGACUCCCGUUUUGAGCCAAUCUGAACAGUACGCCGCAGAUUUUUGCGAAAUGAAGUACAGCCUGGUUUGCCGCAAGUGUCAGACGGUGUUCAGCGAUGAAGCGUCGGCCCUGAGCCACCAGAAGUCGUUCUGUUACUUUGGGCAGGCCUCGGUGGACGGCCAGGAGACCCUGCUCCGCGUCCCUUCAGGUCAGUACCACUGCUCGGCCUGCGAGGUGGCCCUGCUAGGGGAGGACGGCCUGCGCCGCCACCUCCUGUCGGCCUCGCACCGACAGCGAGCUGCCAAACGAGCCUCGACUGACGCCAAAGAGCAACAGCAGCAGCACGCUAGACUAUUACCUCACUCCUUCCCCACCCUUGACACCGCGUCUACCUCGCAGCCUACAACCGACAAUGACAACAACAACAGCAGCAGCAACGCAGCCACCGCAAGCACCAUGGCCGCCUCCCUGGAAGCCAUCCUCUCCACCGCAAGGCCCUGGUCCUCCACCCCGGUCAACCCGCCGUCCCUCCCCCAUUUCUUGCCGGCCGUUACCUCAAGCUCUCUCGGCUCCUCCGGAGCCCAAGCCCCCGGCGCCGCGCUGGGCGGCUGCUCGGACGACUCUGAAGGAGAGCCGUGUAGCCCGCAAGGAAGCGUCAUAGCGGCCGGCGGCUCGGAGCGAGAGAGCCUCUGUCCGUGAGGCCUUCCCCCCCCCCCCCAUACCAACCCACACCUCCCCCCCCCCCUCUCCUCCGCAGCUUUUGCUGGGCGUGAGCCCCCUCAAAGGCCGAGGCGGGCCCACUUGGAGGCGCAGCACCCUCAGACAGCAUGGUUUAGGGCAUGCGCACUUCGGGCUCUGAGCGAAAGAGAGACUGCUAUUGAGAGAAUUGCACACUGCGCAUGGAUCCUAGAAACGAUGUAUCCCCCGAAUGGCUAGCUAGUAUUAAAACCCAUAGGUGUGUAGAUACAAAUUGCUUACACUCGGUGGGCCUUUUGACAAACUGUCGUGUCCUUGCCAGUUGGGCUCAGCUCGGAUUGAAACAAAACAAAUAUUUAUGGCUGCUGAUGCAAACCUUUAAAUUUUCUAAGGGGGUAAAAAAAAAAAGUCGAUUGGCCCUCCUUCCCUGACUCUUUUUAUCUAAACGGUCCUGGCGAUGAACACGGCAGCCCCACGCGGUGCGCGAAAUCCCGGCCGCGGUGUCGGCCCCGUCGGCCCUGUCGCCCCUGUCGGCCCUCGCCGUGAGAGAGAGAGAGGCCUCUCGGCCCGGGACGUUUCAAGGCAAAAGCAUUUACAGCGCAGGCCCCGACAGCUGCACCGUGCGUUUGUUACACAUAGGUAGGCGAGAGACUAAAACAAACUGAACUUCUUAAGCAAUUAAGAUUCCAAAGUUUAUAACAAAACCAAAAAAUAAGGAAAUUGGGGUCAUUCUCCCGUAUGUAUAAACCUGCUCCUGGUAUACGGUGUUCUAUGAAAAUAACUUAAAGGUACAACAAUGUAUUUUUUGGUCUGUUUAAAGGCGCGUAGAAGCACUUACCUCAACCCUACCCGAUAGUAUCUGGAACGUACAGUACUUUGUUUUUUAUUUUAAAUGGGAGUCUUGUCUGAGUUAAGUGCCAGUGUAUUCCUUACGAGAUGAUGUUUUUUUUUUUCCUGAAAAGAAUUUAUUGAGUUGUUACUUUGCUACCUACCACAAACAUUCACGGUUCCGUACUUUUGAGUCUCAGGUCAAUACAGAUAGAACGACAAAGGUUUUCUUUUGGGUGUCUUUUGUUUUGACCGCAUAAAAGUGCGAAGGCUGUUGCAGUCCGUGUCAUUUUACCUUGGGGUCGUACAACGUUACCGUCUAUAAUGCCACAAUGGUUGGGUUUUCGCGGCCAAACUUUGGACAAAGUUUCCAGCCGUGAGAACCUGGCCGCUCUACGAGGCAUUCACGUCGACAUCGAAGACAGUCGCCAUCGGUUUUUAUUUACGCAAUCCAUGUUGAUGGGAUUUAAACCAUGACCACAGAUGCCACUAAACUCCACGUUUCUCUGCUGAAUAAAAAAAAACACAUAAUUUGUAGGCCUAAGUAGCUCUCUCUAUAUAUACAUAGAAAAAAAUGAGAAAAAUAUGGAAACGAAAACAUGCAUCAGCCAUGGCCUAAAUCUACUGCUCUUAGCCUUCCUCUCUAGCUUUAACUCUUCACGCAUUGGCGUUGUUUUGUAGAAUCUGUAGAAAUUGUGUAAAAAGGAGGCGGUGCGCCCCUCCGCUUUAAGACGAGUCGCCCCUUUGCUUGUGUUGCGUUUUGAUGUGCACUUGCACCACGAUACCUCGCAGCAGUCCGCCGCUUGCGCUCGCCGUCGUGCCCUCGCGCCCUCCCCUCCCUCACCCCAAACCUGGCGAGGCAGCCUCUUGUGCAGUCAACAAAACGGUGUCAGAAGUUGUUUUAUUUUAUUUUUUUCCUCCCUUUUUUUGUUUUUGGGUCGUUCCCUUCCUCUUUCUCCCUCUUCACAAUAAUCCAAAGACGACAAUUGUAACUGUUGGUGCAUAAUCGAGCGAGGUAUUGUAUACUUGAAAAAAAAAACUGUGUUGAAAAAAAAACUAUUAAAAAAACAACCAACCAACAACAGCAACAGCAUUGGCAACAUUUUUGGCGAGCAUUUCGAUAACAUCGAUUGAGCUUAAAUAACGUUUAAAACAAAAGAGAGAGCCGUUUUUGUUUGUUUUCUCUUCGCAAGGACGUCGUUGUUGUUGUGAUGCGGACUUUAACACGGCUACGGAUGUCAACAUCUGGGCACUUGUGUUGUUACUGUAGAGAUUUGUUUUUUUAAAUCGGUAAACAUAUAAGCUUUAUGUUGCCUCGCGUCGUUUAGGCAAGCGUCAUGCCAUAGUCACCCGAGUGGUUUCUUUAUUUUGCUACCACGAGCCUGGCGAGAGAGAGCGAGAGAGAGGGCCUGGGCGCAAAGCCAGAGCAGCUUUUGUUUUCUAGGUGCAGUUCUCAUCGGCUGUUACAUUGGAACUCGCAAGACUGUGAACACUGCUUACAUCCCACGAGAUAGUAAUGUAUUGAGAAGGAUUUUGUGUAAAAAAUAAAUAAUAUGAAGGCCCAUUACUGAUUCAUUCCAAAGUAUUUAAUAGCAUCUACGGGAAAAAAAGUAUGUUUUUAGUUUGAAACAUGACAUAUAUCCAAACAGUUGUAUAUAUAUUAUCAGCAUCGUUGCCUAUUACGCAACUUUACGUUACGUAUCUGCCAUCUCGUAGUUUUGUUGUUGUUUUUGUUGUUGUUGCUGAACAUAACGAACCCCUUUAUACGUUACAGAUCAAUCGCUGGCAUGUUCCUUAAUGUCAGGCGUGUUACAUUUCGCUGAUUAUCUUAAGUUAAAUGUGUCUUAAUGCAAGACUUGUACAGAUGUGUAUUUUGUUUUGCCGCUCUUAUUCCCUGCCGCCUCCGUCAUCUCUCCGUUUUGUAUAUUUUUUCGGUGAAAGGCUGUAUCAUUUUUUUGUCGCGCGACCAGUGUCGAUAUGUUUUGCUGUUUUCGCGCGUCGUCGAUUCGGUGACCUGGGGAGAAGGGGGCACAGCAGCAGCAGGAGGUGGAGGAGGUGUGGAGAAUGGCACGGGGAGCUUGUAUAGUUGCAUUUAGUUCUUGACGAUGACAAAAAAAAGAAACGCGGAGAGGACCUGGCCUCCUGUCAACGGUGCAAUGUGUCCAGUCUCUACUCAUGCAGGGUGUGGAACUGCUAGAAAACCUCACGACGCUGUCCAAAGACUUUCUUCUGAUAACGAACUCUUAACCCUCAAAACCCUCAGAGUGCAAACCCCCCCCCCGCUCCGACACCCAAGCGGAUCCAAAGCAUGGGGAGGAGAUGGACGAGGCUGUGUGUAUUCGAAUGGGCGUGCAACUGUCUGCAUUGUGAAAGCACUGAAUGAAAAAAAAAUAAAGAAAAGCUUUAAAAACUUCAAUACACUUUCAAAAGGUGGCCAAACAUUUCCAAAGGAUUUUACUUCUUCUUCUAAUUCUUCUUCGUAUUCUUCUUUGCCACAUUAAAUAAACUGUGAUUAACUGUGGCAACGAAGUAAGCGAGGAGGAGCAUUAACUCAAGUCGUCGUGUUUGUUCUCGUGUCUUGAUCGUUGUGAGAGGCGAUCGCUCGCUUGCGCAGCCCGCGCAUCCCCCAGGGGUGCGCGCCUAUGGCGCGAGUCUCGACCGUGUACAAUUCGCCGUAGGUUAUACAAUUCUCAUAGCUGUUGACUGUAAGCUGCACACUAAACCAAAAAAGUACAUGUUCUUGUUUUCUAUGAUAGUCUUUCGGUUUUUCUUUUGGUUAAUGUAACCUCUGAACGUCUUGACUAAGCUGUGCCGUAACACAGUAAAACUAAUGAAGUAAGAAAAAAAGUCUUUUUAAUUAUGUUGCAAAACUUGUCAUAGAUAUGUUUAUUGUAGAUGUACUGGUAUUUGACCCUAUAGUAUGGAUCUGCUCGUUGUGAUACAUUAAAAAUUGAUAUGACCAAAAUAAAGCUCAUGUCUGUGUUUCAUGA